AUGGCAAUGCUUAAUCCCAGAGUUGGCGACAUAUUAGCAACGAAUCCGAAUUUGACACGCGCAUUUUUCAGAGAUCCUCAAAGACCAAACUCACGCUUCAUUAGUUUUUCUCCUGCAGCCACAGAAUAUUCACAAAGUUAUUUACAGGCAGCGGACAUAAAUCCGUCAGAUAUUAUAGCGAAUUUUUAUCCAGUGAUUCGCAAAGGCCCAAACUACUUACGAUACUGCUCAGGUAUGUUAUCUGAGAGAGAGAAACCAGCAUCUAUUCGCGAAUGCGUUCGGAAAUAUACGUCCGAUGGCGCCUGGUUUUACAAUACUAUUAACUUGGCGUUAGGUAGUGAUUCGCGUGUUCUGAAGACUUAUGGUUCAUACAUUAAACAACUAAAAUACUCUAUUGCUAAAUCUCCAAUAUAUUACUCUGGCUCUGUAUUAAGAGGUAUGAAUUUGUCUCAGAGUGAAGUUAACAAGUACGAGUCUAUGAGACAACCGUUUUAUAUUCCGAGUUUCACGUCGACAUCGAGAAGUAAACCGUUUCCAGGCAAUACAUUAUUCGUUAUUGAUGUAUCACCAGAAUGGUCAGAAUAUUGCAUGGAAAUUCCACCUGAUUUUUCAAAUUUUAACGAAGAAGAAAUUCUGCUGUCUUGCUAUAAUCGAUAUUCUUAUGAGCGAACCGAAAAAUCGAGUGGACAGCGGAUCAUCAAGCUGCGCCUUCUGGGUGACGCUCGACCCAAUAAUUAUAAUCCUCUUCCUAAUAGGCAUAUUCCUCGCUAUAAUAAUUAUAAUCCUCGUCCUAAUAAUUAUGAUCCUCGACGUAUUGGCUAUAAUCCUCGACGCAGUGAUUAUAAUGCUCGACCUUUUUCUUAUACAGGGGAUAUUGUUCAAAUAUACGGAUGGCACUAA